GCUCUUAGAGGUUACUUGUCUCGCCAGACCUACUGUGGUUGGAAACAGCUCGGGAAGCUCCACUACCAGGAGGCAGCUUAUAAAUACAAAAGACCCUGAGCCUAAGACUCUCCUCUGGAGAGAAGACUCUUCAGGGGUAGAAAUCAAGAGCCAAGAACAUGCUUUUCUCCUUCUAACCAUCACUCUGAACAGGCCUUGCUCAUGCUGCCACCAUAAUAUCUGAGUGUCUCCCAGACUAAUAGACUGCCAUAGUGAGGUCCCUACUUGACCUCAUGGAGUCUUCUGCUCUCCUCCCUGCUCGGGUGUCGGGGAGCACCAGCUGGGAGUCUCCCAGGGCUCUGUUUAUUUCCACCGGCUCCGCCAUGUCGUGCUUCACGCAGCUGUGGCACUCCAACACGCCAGACUCUCCCACCAGCCCCAUCCCUGCAUCUCCAAGUGAAAUCCCUAUCCCCAUCAGCCCCAUUGUUGUCACCUCCCCAGGAGAUGGCAAGAGGAAGGCGAGGUCCCCAACCGACAAGCCAGGCUCUCCGAACCCCACAUCUCCGAAGCCAACCUCCCCUGUUGAGUGUUCCAUUUGCUUCAACACUUAUGACAACACCUUCAAGACACCCAAGCUGCUCCAGUGCUCCCACGUUUUCUGCCUGGAGUGCGUGGCCCGCCUGAGCACAGGGCUACCCCCAAACCACCCAGAGGACCAGCUCCCCUGUCCCUUCUGCCGGCAGCUAACCAGCAUCCCUCAGGAAGGAGCCCCAGCGCUUCAAACCAGCAAGGAGCUCCUUGCCACACUGCCUCCUGAACUCCAGCAGGAGAAGGUGCUCUGGAUGGAAGGGACCAAGCUCUGCUGCCGUGAGCCGUCUGAUGACCCUGAGAACCCAGACUCGUGCAUCUCCAUCGACGUCGCCAUGAGCAAGCCAGAAAGCCCGGAGGCCCCUCCGACGGGGUUAGCCGGGAGGUUGUCCCGCUGCGACAUGUGCGAUGACUGGAAACGCAUAGUCCUCCUCUCUGCGUUGAUCAUCAUCCUCUUCUGCAUCAUUCUGUGGCCCGUCCAGUGCGCUCUGAAGACGGGGAACCUCCGCUGCUUCACAAGGACUGUUGCAAUGACCAGGCCAGAGUAUCUUCCCCCUAAACACACCACGGCAGCACCUCCCGUGACACAAAUCUUCCCAUAGCAGUGAGGCAGCCUUUGGCUCCCAUCUAGCGCUCCACGGCACAUCAGGGAGGCAGGAACAGAUCCCGCUGCCCUGACGGCACUCCUCGGUUUGUUGUGAGACCCCGUGGCCGGCUCCCCUCACAGCUCUGUGCCCACAUCGGACACCUGCAUCCCGCUUCCAGGAGCUGGGCUGAAACACUCACCUGCCGAGCUGUCUCCAGCCUGGGAAUGCUCCAAGGAGCCGCCUCGGCAUUCUGCUGCCAAACUCCCCAAGGAAACCAGAGCCUUAAAAGCAACAAGACUGGUUUCUAGGACUGUUUGCUUCCAGUGGCACAUGGCCGUGCGCUGGCUUGGCUGGAUACCAGAUGGGUGCAGUUCUUCCCACUCCCUUAGGGAAUAAAGGGCUAUUUUUGCAAACUGAAGGAUCUACAUUAUUAUUCCUAAGAGGAGCUGGGAUUGGGAGGGUAAAACAUGUCAAAGUCAUAUACGCAACUGAUAAUUAUCCUUAAUCCACAUGCUGGAAACAUUUCCGUCACGUUAUUUGAUGUUGGAGGUGUAAAUGCUGCCUCCUGCUGACAGAGCAUGGCCUGAUCCCCGCUACCCACCACCUGAGUUAUGUUACUUGAUGAGCUUUUGAACAGAACUGAGUAACCAAUCGACUCGAUUUUCCUAAGAAGACGCUUAAAAAUCACUCAUCCCUACCCAGAACGAGGUUUUGAACACAGGGGGCGAGUUCUGUUAGGCACACGGACACAGCAGCGUCACCCUGCCCCUCGAGUUCCUUCACCAGUGUGCUUCCUUCAUACUUCUCAUAGGCAAACUCUCACCAAAACAACGUAAGUUUUACACCUGUUGACAAGCCUUACCCUCCUGAUCUUUAAAUGUGUCAGUAUUAAGACACAGGCCAGUUGCUUACAUUAUAUUUUUAUUUAAUGCAAUGAUCUUCUGACAGUGAUUAACAAAAGUCUUCAUGAUGAAGGCGCCUUACGAUUAAAUGUUUUCUAUUCAAACACAUGGAUGUAAGACAGUAUUGUAUGCAAGUACCAUACGUGUAUAUAUUAAAUUAUGUUUUCUACAAUGCAAGGUGUCAAUUUGUAGCAAUUACUCCACAUUUCCCUUCUUGCUUGCAGCUGGAGGUGUUCACUGAGCUCCAUUCCCAGAUCACGGUAGCUACACAGCAGGUAAUAUCUGGACUCUGGCCCGUCCAUCAGCUGUCCUCGUGUCGCACUAUCCUGCACACACGGACAGCUUUGUCCUGUAAAUUCACCCUUAUUUCCAUCGAGGCAGUGUUGUCCCAGGUGCAACUUCCCUCUGUGUUUACCUGAUUUGAGCUGAAAAAUGAGAAGCUGCAAAGACUGCUCCUCUUUCACUUCCCCCCAGCCGGAUGAAAGAUGCCUCCAGUCUCCCUUUCCAGAAAAAUCUAAGUUGAAAUAGGAGAGGCUGAAGCAACAGCAGAAGCGACUCAAGUCUCCUGCUGUGCAAAGCUCCUGUGGAAAGCUGCUGGAUGUGCCACUGCUUCGCUGCUGGGCUGCAGGCUGGAGUUACCCGUGCCAGCCACGUGUCUGCACAAACCAGGCAGGGCAACAACUUCAGCCAAAGCCAUCGGGCUCGACGGGGGUUCUCACUCGGACCAUCCUGUCCGUUCCGCUGUGCUUCGACACUGAAAGGGUACCUUCACAGCACCAAUUCUUGGAAAAAGUGACUCACCGAGACUUAAGGCAGAGAAGGCGCUUCCAUCUGGGUGCUUUGGGACUAAGCCCAGCCCAGAGACACUACUGGAGAUGAAAUGCUUUAUCAUUACACUUCUGCUACCAUUCACCUCCCGCUGAUGAGAUCUAAGGGCAGGGGAGAGGGAAAGAACAUCUUCAGCCUCAUAAAAUCUACUGUUAUGGUGGCAGGAGGAUCACAGACAUGUUCUCACAGCUCCAGCUGUUCCUAGUGGUCUGUCACAGCAUCUUUCAGACUGUCCCUUUUUACUUCCCAAUCUCACUGUAUGUUUGGAAACAAAGGUUGAAGGGGUAGCUGACACGCAGCUGAACCUCUCACUCACGUAUGGUCAAAAGGAAGAC